AUGAUAGUUACAGCAAGUGAGAUGACCGUGAGAAGCAAUCAAACUUCUACAGUGACAGAGUUUCUCUUCUCUGGAUUUCCUCAGGGUAAAGAUAGCUGUCUCCUUUUCUUCAUCCCUUUAUUCGUCAUCUACAUAUUCAUUGUCAUUGGGAAUCUCAUCGUGUUUUUUGCAGUCAGGUUCGAUGUUCGUCUCCACAAUCCUAUGUACAAUUUCAUCAGCAUUUUCUCAUUCUUGGAGAUCUGGUACACCACAGCCACCAUCCCAAAGAUGCUCUCAAACCUCAUUAGUGAGCAGAGGACUAUCUCCUUGAUUGGCUGCCUCUUGCAGAUGUACUUUUUCCAUUCACUUGGAAAUUCAGAAGGGAUCUUGUUGACUACCAUGGCUAUUGACAGGUAUGUUGCCAUCUGUAACCCUCUCCGUUACCCGACUAUCAUGACCCCCCGGCUGAGUGCUCAGCUUUCUGCAGGCUCCUGUAUCUUUGGCUUCAUUGUGCUGCUUCCAGAGAUUGUAUGGAUUUCCACACUGCCCUUCUGUGGCCCCAAUCAAAUCCAUCAAAUCUUCUGUGACUUUGAACCUGUACUGCACUUGGCCUGUACAAACACUUCCAUGAUUCUGAUUGAGGAUGUGAUCCAUGCAAUUGCCAUAAUUUUUGCAGUCCUGAUCAUUGCUCUUUCUUAUAUCAGAAUCAUCACUGUGAUCUUGAGGAUUCCCUCCCUUGAGGGUCGUCGGAAGGCCUUUUCUACCUGCGCAGCCCAUCUUGGUGUCUUCCUGAUGUUCUAUGGCAGUGUGUCACUAAUGUACCUGCGUUUCUCUGCCACUUUCCCACCAAUAUUGGAUACAGCCAUUGCACUGAUGUUUGCCGUCCUUGCUCCUUUUUUCAAUCCUAUCAUUUAUAGCUUGAGAAACAAGGACAUGAAGAUUGCAAUUAAGAAGCUUCUCUGGCCUCAGAAGGUGUCUAAUGCAUCUGCAAGUUUAUGUUAG